AGAAUGACCCUGAGAAACAGCUCUGUGACUGAGUUUAUCCUUGUGGGAUUUUCAGACCAACCAGCUCUCCAGCUACUCUUCUUCUUCUUCUUCUUCUUAGUCAUCUAUGUGCUCACUGUGGUAGGCAAUUUGGGCUUGAUCACCUUAAUUGGGAUGAAUUCUAGCCUUCAUACCCCAAUGUACUUCUUUCUCUUCAACUUGUCCUUAAUAGAUUUCUGUUAUUCCUGUGUGUUUACCCCCAAAAUGUUGAAUGAUUUUGUCUCAGAAAAUACCAUCUCCUAUGUGGGGUGCAUGAGUCAACUGUUUUUCUUCUGCUUCUUUGUCAAUUCGGAGUGCUAUGUGUUGGUGUCAAUGGCCUAUGAUCGCUAUGUGGCCAUCUGUAACCCUCUGCUGUACACAGUUAUCAUGUCUCCGAAGGUUUGUACUCUGCUGAUGCUUGGUUCAUAUGUGAUAGGGUUUGGUGGGGCCAUGGCCCACACUGGAAGCAUGCUGAGACUUACUUUCUGUGAAUCCAACACAAUCCACCACUAUCUCUGUGAAGUUCUCCCCCUCCUACAGCUCUCCUGCACCAGUACCUAUGCCAAUGAGCUUGUAUUUUUUAUUGUUGUUGGCGUGGUCAUCACAGUAUCCAGUAUCAGCAUCUUUAUCUCUUAUGCUUUGAUUCUCUCCAACAUUCUUAGGAUUCCUUCUGCUGAGGGCAGAUCAAAAGCCUUUGGCACAUGUGGUUCCCAUGUAGUUGCUGUUGCUCUGUUUUUUGGGUCCGGGGCAUUCACCUAUUUAACAAACUCUUUCCCCGGUUCAAUGGAAGAGGGAAGGUUUGCUUCAGUAUUUUAUACCAACCUGGUCCCCAUGCUUAACCCACUGAUCUACAGUUUGAGGAAUAAAGAUGUUAAACUUGCCCUAGAUAAAACCUUGAAGAGAGUGCUCUUCUGA